CGCUCAUCGCUUUCGACCCGGACAGAAGUAGUGGUGCACAUGACAGUAGAACCACCGGAUGGCAAGAUAAACAUUGAAUGUGAGAGUUCGUUGGAGAGCCCUUUAUUUCUUUCAUCUUGAAAUAAAUCCACAUUAUAUCAGUGAGUCAUGCCUACAGUGGUGUUGAUGGACGUGUCUCUGUCCAUGACACGGCCAGUGUCACAGGAUGGCACCGAGGAGUUUCAGAGGAAGAACCUGGCUGUCCACGGACUCAAUAUGUUGUUUGAACACAUGGCCUCAAACUACCGCUUGGAGUUCACAGCACUUAUGGCUUUCUCCUCCCUCUGGGAGCUCUUGGUACCUUUUACCAGAGAUUAUAAUGCAUUACAGGAGGCUCUGAGUAACCUAGAAGACUAUGACAAGACCUGCGUUGAAUCAGCUCUUAAUGGAGUUAGUAACGUGGUACAGCAGGAGUGGGGCAGUGCCUGUCCCUGUCAGGUGGUGCUGAUUACUGACGGGUCUCUUGGUAUUGGAAAAGGUUCACUGCGUCAUUCUCUCCAAACACUAAAGCAACGUGGAGAUGAUAAGAAGUUCCCUCUGCCUUUCCCUUUCCCGACCAAAAUGUUCAUCAUGUGUGUAGCCAAUGCAGAGGAGUUACAGAUGACUGGCACCAUGGACAACUUGGAGGAGUUACUUCGACUCAGUGGAGGGGACGGACAAAUCUUCACCAUGGAGGGACCACUUUGCAUGCAGAGUGUACAGGCCAUGUUUGGGAAGCUGAUCGACCGGGCGUACUCUCCCUUUCAUGCUGUCCUACACUGUGGGAACUUGUCCUCAGACGUUCAGGUGUUCCCUCGACCCGAGCCUGUCGUGGUGGAUGAGGAGGUGGAGCCCAUGCCUCUAACAGUCAACACAGAUUUGGAAAUUGUGGGCUUCAUUGAAAUUGCUGAUAUCUCCAGUCCUCCUGUUAUAUCCAGACACUUGGUACUACCUAUCGCUGUAAACAAAGAGGUGGAUGAAGUUGGCACAGGAGCCACAGAUGAGCUUGAGGAGGAAGCUUCUGCCAGUCAAAUGGCAGGGAAAAGUCCAAAUUUCUGUGUACUUCUACAUGGCAGUCUGAAAGUUGAGGGCAUGGUGGCACUGGUCCAGCUAGGGCCAGAGUGGUACGGCAUGCUGUACUCCCAAGCAGACAGCAAGAAGAAAUCAAAUCUGAUGAUGUCUCUGUUUGAGCCUGGUCCGGACCCUCUGCCUUGGCUGGGCAAGAUCUCACAUUUGGGACCAAUCUCAGAGGCUGCUGAAAAUCCCUAUGGAGAGGAUGACAGUAAAAGUCCUUUCCCCUUGCAGCCCCAGGUCAAACGAAGCUAUGCCCAGAAUGUCACUGUGUGGAUUAAGGCCAGUGGACUACAGACUGAUGUGCAGAAGAUCCUGAGGAAUGCAAGGAAAUUGCCCGAUAAGACUCAAACCUUCUAUAAGGAGCUGAACCGUCUUCGGAAGGCUGCCUUGGCUUUUGGUUUUUGGGAGCUCCUGAAAGGAGUGGCCGACCUGCUGGAGAGAGAGUGCACGCUUCUGCCAGACUCGGCUCAUCCUGAUGCUGCUUUCCAGCUCUCCCAUGCUGCACAGCAGCUCAAACUGGCUAGCACCGGAGACUCCCAGUACGCCGCUUUUGAUCACAACAUCGUUCCCAUGCACACUGACUUCUCAAGCUGAGCCGCAUCUGAGUUUGUCAAAACGGACUGUGUGGACCAAUGGGGGACAGCACCUGGUGUAUGCUGUUUAAACAACUCAUCAAGGGGGCAGCUUCAAAAACCGACAUGUGGAGUCAGACUGAUAAUUUACACUCCUCUUGUGACACUGCCUGAACAUGGCAAAACGUACAUAGUGAGGUGUAUGGAAGACGUUGGCAUGUACAUAUUUUUUUACAUGUUUCUUUAUAGAAUCUUUUUCAUAAAUUGACCAGGUUUAGAGUUUGUUUUUAUUCAGUAUCAAAUAACUGCCACGUGUACAGCAAACAUGGGAUAUGACUGUUAAAGUUGGCAUUUCAGGUACCUGUCAAAAAUAUAGAAAACCAGAGUGAGGAAGGGACACAAAUGAAUUUAUUCAUAGCAGGUUAUCACUGAGCAUAAGGGACAAAAAUGCUCUUUGUGUUUCAGCAGUCAUCAGUAUAAUUUUCCCUGAGGUCUGUGGGACAGUUAAGAAAUCUGGAAUGAUAACAAAUACAGUAUUUCUUCAGAA